GGAAGGUGGAACAUGCUUUCAGUUUCAUACAACACACCAAGGCUAAGAGAGAAAAGCUAUGGCCGACAAGGUCCUGAAGGAGAAGAGAAAGCUGUUUGUCCACUCAGUGGGCAUGGGUACAAUAAAUGGCUUGCUGGAUGAGCUAUUAGAGAAAAGAGUGCUGAACCAGCAGGAGAUGGAGAAAGUAAGAGAUGAAAAUGCUACAGUUAUGGAUAAGGCCCGAGCUUUAAUAGACUCUGUUAUUCGGAAAGGGCCCCAGGCAUGCCAAAUUUGCAUCAGUCAUAUUCGUGAAGAUGACUCCCUCCUUGCAGGAACACUGGGGCUUUCCUCAGGUUCACAAUCUGGGAAUUAUCUUAAUACACAAGAAUCCCAAGUGGUGGUUCCUCCUUUCCCAGCUCCUCAGGCAAUGCAGGACAACCCAGUUAAGCUUGCAUCUUCAGGGCCAGGAGGGAACCUCAAGCUUUGCCCCCUAGAAACAGCCCAAAGGAUAUGGAAAGAAAAGUCAGCAGAGAUUUACCCAAUAAUGGAAAGGUCAAUCCGCACACGUAUUGCCCUCAUUAUCUGCAACACAGAGUUUGAAAAUCUUCCCAGGAGAGAUGGAGCUGAUGUUGAUAUCAGAAACAUGAAGAUGCUACUAGAAGGUCUGGGGUACAGUGUGGAUGUGAAAGAAAAUCUCACCGCUUCGGAUAUGACUAUAGAGCUGAAGGCAUUUGCUGCUCGCCCAGAGCACCGGACCUCUGAUAGUACUUUUCUGGUGCUCAUGUCUCAUGGAAUCCGGACUGGCGUUUGUGGGAAGAAAUACUCUGAAGAAGUCCAAGAUGUAUUAAAAGUCAACACCAUCUUUCAAAUUUUGAACACAUGGAAUUGUCCAAGUUUGAAAGACAAACCCAAGGUGAUCAUUAUCCAGGCCUGCCGUGGUGAGAAUCAAGGAGUGGUAUGGCUAAAAGAUUCAGUAGAAGCUUCUGGAAACUGUUCCUUAUUGGCUCCAGAAGAUUUUGAGGAUGAUGCCAUUAAGAAAGCCCACGUAGAGAAGGAUUUUAUUGCUUUCUGCUCUUCAACACCAGAUAAUGUUUCUUGGCGACAUCCUGUAUUGGGUUCUCUUUUUAUUAUUAAACUCAUUGAACAUUUGCAAGAAUAUGCCUGGUUUUGUGACCUGGAAGAAAUUUUCCGAAAGGUUCGAUUUUCAUUUGAGCUGCCAGAUGGUAGGGCACAGAUGCCCACUGCUGAAAGAGUGACUUUGACAAGAUGUUUCUACCUCUUUCCAGGAUAUUAAAAAAGAAGCCAGGAGUUCUGCCACUGUAUACAUGUUUUGGGAUCCUGUCAGCAGAAAAGAGACAUUUCUUUAAACAUUCCAAUAAAUCUGAAAUAAAAAUGAAA